AUGAAGCUCAUAUCAAUCAUCCUCUUUUUCUUUCUACUUCCCUUGGCAUUUGCUGAUCUCCAAUUAGGAUUCUAUGCCUCUUCUUGCCGAAAAGCCGAGUCAAUUGUGCAACAAGUUGUGCAGAAACGAUUCAGCCGUGACAAAACGAUAACCGCCGCCUUGCUUCGCUUGCAUUUUCAUGAUUGUUUUGUCAGAGGUUGUGAUGCAUCCCUCCUCAUAGACCCAACCAAGAACACCACAUCAGAGAAACAAACAGGCGCAAACGCAAGCGUUAGAGGUUUCGAUUUAAUCGACGACGUAAAGGAAGCAAUCGAAGCUACAUGUCCUUCAACAGUUUCAUGUGCAGACAUCAUAGCACUUGCAACAAGAGAUGCUGUGGCCUUAUCAGGAGGACCGAAAUACAACGUUCCAACCGGAAGACGCGACGGAUUAGUCUCUAACAGAAAUGAUGUUGAUUUACCAGGACCAGGCAUUGCUAUACCAGAUCUAAAAAAAUUUUUUGCAGCAAAAGGAAUCACAGUGGAAGAAAUGGUGACACUUUUGGGAGCACAUACCGUCGGUGUAGCUCACUGUGGUUUUUUCUUGAGUCGGUUAUCUAGCAAUAGAGAGAAGCCUGAUCCUACAAUGGAUCCUGCAUUGGAUACUAAGCUUGUUAACCUGUGCAAGUCAAGUAAUACUGCUGCUGCUUUUUUGGAUCAGAAUACUUCUUUUGUUUUUGAUAAUGAAUUUUACAAGCAGAUUCUUUUGAAGAGAGGUGUAAUGCAGAUUGAUCAGCAACUUGCUUUGGACAAAUCCACAAGUACUUUUGUGUCUAAUUUUGCUUCAAAUGGUGACAAGUUCGGAAAGAGUUUUGCAAAUGCUAUGAUAAAGAUGGGAAAAGUUGGGGUUUUGGUUGGAAAUCAAGGCGAAAUUCGCAAGAAUUGUAGGGUCUUUAAUAAAUAA